GAACGGGUGCGAUAAACUUCCAUAAUGUGUCCCUUGUGUGAGGAAGCGGCGGCCAUUUUUCCGAAGACCAGUCAUCUCCGCUUGUGGUCAAGGCACUCUCCCAGUCCCAGUCAGACACGGCGAUUAAGUAAGAAGGGUAAAGAGACCUUGUUAUAUCUCGCAGCAGGAUUACACAGCAGUGAAGAAGAUAUCUGGUGAAUGUGAGACAUCCAAAUAAGAGACAAUGAGCAGAAGAUCCUGGAACUCACCAACAAGAUCAUUCAGCUGCUGACUGGAGAGGUUCCUAUAAGGUGUCAGGAUGUCACUGUCUAUCUCUCCAUGGAGGAGUGGGAGUAUGUAGAGGAACACAAGGAUCUGUACAAGGACAUGAUGAUGGAGAAUCUCCAUACCCCCUCAUCACUGGAUGGAGCCAGUAACAGAGAUUCCCCAGAAAGAUGUCCCCAUCCUCUUUAUUCCCAGGAUUGUACAGAGGAGAACCACAGGACCCCACAGGAGAAUCAGGGUGAGGAUCUGACCGAUAUUAAGAUGGAAGAUAUGGAGGGCAAAGAAGAGACAUAUGUCACGGAUAUCAAGGCAGAGGAAAAAGAGGGAGAAGAAGAGAUGUCUAUGACUGGUAUUAAGAUAGAAGCUGUAGAGGGAGAAGAAGAGACUUAUGUGAGGGGUGACCAGCAGGAAAUCCCUACAGAUAUCAGCACAGAUGAACCCAGUAACAGAGAUUCCCCAGAGAGAUGUCCCCGUCCUUCUUAUUCACAGUAUUGUACAGAGGAGAAUCACAGGAUCCCACAGGAGGAUCAGGGUGAAGGUCUGACUGAUAAUAAGGUAGAGGAUAUAGAGGGAGAGACGUAUGUGAGGGGUGAUCAGCAGUGUAAGGAGGAGGAAAUCCCUGCAGAGAUCAGCACAGAUGGACCCAGUAACAGAGAUACCCCAGAGAGAUGUCCCCGUCCUCUUUAUUCCCUUGAUCAUACAGAGGAAAAUCACAGGACCCCACUGGAGGAUCAGUGUGACAGUCUGGCUGAUUAUAAGAUAGAAUAUAUAGUGGGAGAAGAAGAGGCGUAUGUGAUGGGUGAUCAGCAGUGUAAGGAGGAGGCAAUACCUAGAGGUAUUAGCACAGACUGUGCCACAGAUCCUAUUGCUUUUCCUGCUUGCCAGUCAGCUGUGCGAAGCCUCAAGACGAGUAGUACAGUUCAGGGUUUGAAAUCUAUUCAGUUCAGCAGACUGACUCUUGCAAAACAGUGCGAGGUGAAGAAGCGCGGGAGGCCAACACCCCUGCUUGACAUCAAACAGCGCUCUGUGAGCCGCAAAAAAGAGUACACAAGAAACUUCAACCUUGAUAUCUACAAGAACCACGAGUGGCUUUGCGGCUGUGACGUGCAGAAUGCUCUGUUCUGUUUCCCAUGUCUCUUAUUCGGAGGAGACGCUGCAUGGACCGACAAAGGGAUAUCAGACUUGAAGAGACUCAAUGAAAAAAUAAAAAAACACACCGCAACGGAGAAGCAUGUUAACAAUUCAUUGAACCUGGCCUUACUCGGCUCAGUCAGCGUACGGACAUGUAUUAGCGACGCGCACAAAGAAAUGAUAGAGCGCCACAAUGCUCAGGUGCAUAAGAACAGGGAAAUUCUUUCCAGGAUAAUAAACUGUAUUAAGUUUUGCGGAAUAAAUGAGUUGGCAUUAUGGAAGCAUGAUGACGGGAAGGAAUCAGAGGAUCCUGGAACAUUUGUGGAGCUGUUGAAAUACACAAGUGAAAUCGAUUCAUUGUUAACGGACCAUUUAGCGAGCUCUUCCACGUGCAACUGGACAUCCAAGUCUGUCCAGAAUGAUUUGCUGGCAUGCAUGCUAGAUGUGUACAGGGAAUAUGUUUUGGAGGAAGUCAUGCAGGCGGAAUUUAUUGGUGUGAUGGCAGAUGAGACGACGGACGUCACAAGUGCUUUCCAACUGGCACUCGUCCUUCGUUACUGUGACGGAAACGGAAACCCUGUUGAAAGGUUCUGGGGUUUCUUUGUACCAACUGGUCAAGAUGCGAAUGCGAUAUCCGAGUGUAUCCUAAGUCAGCUAGAUGUCAUUUUGAAAAGCGAAAAACACAAGCUAAUCGGACAGAGCUACGACGGAGCAGCAGCGAUGAGUGUUGCGAUGAAUGGAGUGCAGAUGAAAGUGAGAGAAAUAUACAGAAAUGCCCAUUUUGUACACUGUUUCGCACAUCGGCUAAAUUUAACAAUGGAGAGGGCAGCGCGGCAAAACACAAGAUCUAGAAUAUUUUUCGCAAAUUUGUCUGCUAUUCCGGCUUUCUUUUCUAGAUCUCCUCAUAGAUCGGCCGUUCUCAAUUCUUGUGCAGCAAAGAGAAUGCCAUGUCCUGGGCCGACAAGAUGGAAUUUCAGAUCAUGGACAGUGAAUGUAGUGUGGGAAAAGAAAGACGCACUCCUGGAAUGUUUCCAGACACUUGAAAAAUCGGAGACAUCCAGCAACACCACAAUAAAUGAAGCUUCUGCACUAAUUCACGUUCUCGGUGACCCAGAGUUCAAUUUUUGGCUCAACUUUUUUCAUACGGUUACGCCACAUGUUGACAUCCUGCACAAGCAAAUGCAGAACCGACGGAUAAAUGUACACACUGCCCGAAGACAGGUUGCAAAGUUUGUAAACGCAGUGAUUGGCAUUCGAGCUGCAAUCGAUGAAAACACUGAAGAAGCUGAACCCAGUAGACAGAACAAACGAAGGUAUUUGCAAGACAACCAAACAAGAGCUGCUGCAGCAAGAGAAGUCUGUGAUGUCAUCAUCACCCAAGCUAACACCCGUUUCCAAAUCGCAACACAUCUGCAAGUAUCGGUUCUUCUGUGUGCACAGAAUUAUGGGAAAUUUAGACAAUCUUUUCCAGAGAAAGAACUACAAGAGUGCAUGGAAGUCUUCCCCUUCUUUGAGAAGGAGAAAUUGCGUACCGAGCUGGCUGUGCUGUAUUUUCGGGAGGAGUUCCGAGAUCUUGAUGAUGCAGUUCAGUUACUGCAGUUUCUGCUAAUGAACAAUCUGCAGUCUUCAUUUAGUGAAGUGGUGAAGCUGCUACGGAUUGCUGUGACCCUCCCUCUUACAUCGGCCAAGCCAGAACAUUCUUACGCCUGCUUAAAGAGGAUAAAGACUUAUUUACAAAAUACUAUGAAAGAAGAAAGACUUUCAGCUCUUGCAGUGUUGUCUGUAGAAAAGUCUGUGGUGAUGAAAAAUAUACCCGAUUUCAAUAACAGGGUGAUAGAAAAAUUUUCUACCUACAAAUCAAGACGUAUGGAGCUGAUAUGCAAAUAUUAAACUACUGUAUUCUGUUGUCUUAAUUUCUUAGAAUA